GAAAAUGUCUGUUAAAAAAGUGAGAAGAACAGAAAAAGUCCCCACGAAAUUCACAGGAAUCCACAGCAAGGCGUCUCAUGAUCUCAGGAGGCUCCAGUCCCUGCUUGCCAAAAGCAGCACCAGACAAGAGGGGGCUGCGUUGAGUCAGAGUAAGGCAUGCAGCAAUGGAGGCGGCAGAUCUGUGCAUCCUGCAAAAGACAGCAGCAGACACAGGAGCGAUGAAGACCGUGAAGCCUGUGAAAUGGAGAAAUUUAGCACAACAUACAAAGACCAGAGAUGCUUCAGCAGCCACCCACAAAAUAAACUAUUUGUGGACAUCCUCACAUUAUUGGUCAAGAAUCGAUUAUGCAGUGAAUGGAUCGACCACGCCCCGUCCGAGUCGGCCCUCCGUGUGCUCAUCUGCCUCAGAUUGUUGAUCAGAGAUCCCCAAUAUCAGAAAACCUUCCAUCAGCUUCAAGGUGUCACGUUACUUGCACGGUAUAUGGAGUGUGUCACUGCCUCCUACAUGUCUUGCGUUGAGGAUGCGUUUGUGAUGCAGAAGCUCGUCACGAUGACCUACAUGUUUCAGAAGCUGUCUGCUCCUCAAAGUCAAAAAGUCUGGGUCAUUGAGAGCGGCGCCCACAGGACCCUGGCGAAGCUCCUCUCCACUACCGACAGCAGCGUGCUGCUGGGAGCCCUGCUGGCGCUCACCACGUUGGCUGAAAGCUCAGAUUGCAAAGGUGACAUUGGGGAGCUACCGAUUGUGGAGAGUCUCCUUGUAAUACUGCAGGAAUAUGACCUUCUCUCAAAAAGGAUGAGCGCCGAGCUGCUGAGGCUCCUGUCUCCGGUGCAGCGUGUGAGGAACCAGCUGAGGGAGCUGGAGGGCGUCCCGGUGCUGCUGAGCCUGCUGCACGCUCAGCACCUCAAGCUGCUGUGGAGUGUGUCCUGGGUGCUGGUCCAGCUCUGCCAGGAUCCCGACACCAGGGCCGAGAUCCGGAGCUGGGGAGGCCUGCAGCAGCUGCUUCGGCUGCUCAGCAGCGACAGGCAGUUCGUCUCCGACCGCUCGUCCAUUGAGGCGCUCUCCAGCGCCAACGCAGCCGGCCGCAUCCAGAAGGAGCACGUCAGAGAGGAGCUGAGUCCACAGGAGGAGGUGGACAACACGUCAGCUCUGCAGUCAGCCUGCUGCACAGCUCUGGCCGAGAUGAGUCUGGAUGACACAUCUGCUCACCACAUCGUGCAGGAAAAUGGUGUUUUUAUAAUCGCAAAGCUGAUUUUGCCGCCCAGCUCUGGACCAAAGACUACUCCAUUACAGUGUUAUGCUUUCCGGACCCUUCGAUUUCUCUUCAGCGUGGAACGAAACCGACAUCUGUUCAAGAGGCUUUUUCCCACAGACCUCUUCGAACUGUUUAUUGACGUUGGACAUUACGUGCGGGACCUCUCAGCCUACGAGGCUCUGCAAACCCAAAUUUCACUCUACACUGAGGAAGAUUUGGACAGUCUGAGAGAAAGUAUCGAGGCUGUGGAUCAAAACCGAGCUCCUCUCAGAGUGAUCAGUGGCUACUCCAUUCUGGACCAUCUGGGCACCGGGGCCUUUGGAAGUGUCUUCAAGGUCCAACGGCAGAGCGGCCAGAGCCUCCUGGCCCUGAAGGAGGUGAACCUUCACAACCCGGCGUUUGGCAAAGACAAGCGGUCCCGAGACAGCAACGUGGAGAAAAUCAUCUCCGAGCUCACGAUCAUCAAAGAGCAGAUGAUGCACCCAAACAUUGUUAAAUACUACAAGACGUUCCUGGAAGGCGACAAGCUGUACAUCGUGAUGGAGCUGAUCGAGGGCGUCCCGCUGGCCGACCACUUCCACUCGCUGAAGGAGAAGCAGCAGCAGUUCACUGAAGAGAGAAUUUGGAAUAUAUUCGUGCAGAUGUGUUUGGCACUGAGAUACCUCCAUAAGGAGAAGAGGAUCGUCCACCGCGACCUCACACCAAAUAACAUCAUGCUGGGGGAAAAAGACAGAGUCACCAUCACCGACUUCGGCCUGGCGAAGCAGAAACAGGAGAACAGCAAGCUGACGUCGGUGGUCGGCACCAUCCUUUACUCCUGUCCUGAGGUGGUGAAGAACGAGCCGUACGGUGAGAAAGCGGACAUCUGGGCUCUGGGCUGCAUCCUCUACCAGAUGGCCGCUCUGAGGCCUCCGUUCUACAGCAGCAACAUGCUGUCUCUGGCCAGCAAGAUCGUGGAAGGCGUCUACGAGCCCGUCGAAGAGGAAACUUUCUCAGAGAGAGUGACGGACAUGAUCAGAUGGUGCUUGAGCCCAGACGUAGAGCGGCGGCCGGACAUCGUGGCGGUGACCUCCAGGAUCUCGGACCUCAUGAUGAGGCUGAUGGACGGACUCUACGCUUCGCAGAAUGCACUGGAAAAACGAGCCGUGAGAGACAGGAAGCGUGCACAGAAGUACUUCCUCGAAAGGCACAGAACCGGGACGGACUACUUCCACUCGGACGUAACACUGGAUGAAGCUGUGACGGCAGCUGACUCUCCGGCUCGCCGCUUUUCUCCGUCCUGCUGUUCAAACCACAGCCAGCAGGGAGUCCGCCAAGAUGAUCUUUUGGAUGAAGAAGUGGAAACAUGUGAUCCUCCAAAAAACUCCUCUGCUUCUAAAGGAAGAGACUCUGACCUAAGUUCCAGUGCCUGUGCUACACCUGAUCACAGUUCAACCAGUGGAGAUUUUCCUUCUGCGAAGACUAAAUCAAGACCAGUUUCAGCAGGGAUCUGCGUCUCCCAGAAGAAGCUCCGGCAGAUUGAUGAUCCCAUCCAGAGGCUUCUUGUGCAGCUGCACAAAAUCAUCUACAUCACCCAACUUCCGCCCGACCCACACCACAACGUGAAACGACGCCUCGUUGAAAGGUUUAAAAAGUCCCUUUUCCACUUCGGCAGUGAUCCAUGCAACCUGAAAGUGGAGCUCAGUAAGCUUCUCCAGGCCUCCCCAGAGCUGAUGGAGUUAAGCUCAUCCAGUUCAGACUGGUGGCUUCUGGUCCAAAACUUGACAGGAGACCCUCACACAGCCGACAGCACAGUUGAUGGGAAUCUCAGUGAUGGUGUGACGUAUCAACAGAUGCAGGCGAUCAUCGAGGAGCUGCUGCAGGAGAGCAACUAUUACAGAGGACCUCACAGCAGGUUUCCUGAGAAAAGAAGUGACCAGAAGAAAAAGUAACACAGAAGCAGCUCAAGAAACUGGAGAGAAAAAAAAAAAACCCCACAGCCUGUGUCGACAGUGUUGCUGAGUGGAUGUUUUAUUUGUAAUAUUAAUAACCUAAACGCUCAAAUGUUAUCUCAACACUUCAAGUCUCUUCACCUCCUCAGGUCUUUCUUUUCUGUACAGAUGUGAAGCGACUGAAUCCAAAGAGUUCAUUUAUUCUCGGUGUGAACACGGUGAAGGCAGAAAACACUGAAAAGUGACUUGAUGAGAACUUCAGUCUCCUGUCGAAGCAGGCCGGCACAUAAUCUGCAGACGGAAACCACACAAGCAGAGAAAAACCACGAGCUUUCUCAGCUGCAUGUGACGCGUUCGACUUUGUUUUGGUUUGUUUUUCGGGGCAGUCUGAGUGCAGCACUUUAACUUCUCAGGGGUAGACUCAACAGUUUGACCUCCUCCCUGCAGCUUUCACUCUGGUUUCACAAAACACAACAUCAGACCAGCAGAUUCAGCAGGACUGAUAACCAGCUCACGUGUUUCUCACGGGUACUUUAAACCCAGCAAAUGUCUUAAAUGAGCCUUGUGUGUGUGUAAUUCACCGCUCCACUGCAGUCAAAAUAAGCUGUUUGUGCACUUUAAUGUAAAGAAGCAAUACAAUAAACUGUAUUGAAUGAAUCAGGCAGUGUGUUGUUUAAGUAUAGCCUACUCUAAGAAGUGUGUUGAAAUACACAACAUAAUGUAGAUAUGUCAUAGUUUCUCUUUUCAAGCUUUUCUUUUACUAAUGUAUAUUGAUUCUUGAUACUUCUACAGAUUAAAAGAAUAAUAAACACAGCCUUGGUUGUUCAGAUAUGUGAUCCUGUAGUGUCUCUUUUUUUAAUUAAAUUGACCAAACACAUUGUUAUGAAGUAAGAUCAAUACAAACCAUGAAGGCUCCAGUUGUGAAUAACAGGAAAAUAUCUAUUGAAAUAUGCUGUAAUAGGCUUUUAUAGUUUUUGCUCAUCUAAUUUCAUAUUUAAAAUACAAUUUAUCUGACAAUGCUUAUCCGGCUUU